AUGUCGUCUGAAGGCGGUACUGCCGUCAUCCAACGAUACUUCGGCGGAGGAGAUAGUGAACAACGAACAGCUCUUCAGUUUGCUUUCUACAAUGUUCUACUUUUUGUUCUGUUGGGAGUUGCAUUAUGCGGAUUGUUCGCUCUUUACAACAUGAUGUACAUGUUCCUCUCGCCCAUGCUCUGGGCUGUCCUAGUUGGUACUGUACUUUUCCCGUUUAAAAAGAAGGUUACCGAUAUUGUUCAAAAUCUGCUUUUAGACUGGCUUCGUCAUCUGCAGGACACCAAUCAAACUUUGGCAAAAGCUGUAAUAACACUUCCAUUUACUGGAUUCAAAAAAGUAUCGGAUACCAUCUAUAAAACUUUCGCCAGUCCAAAUGGAGCAAUCAUUGCUCUUGCUUAUGCUGCACUGAAAGUUUUGUCAUAUGAAAGAACUUUCAUGUAUGUUAUAAGUUGGAUAGGACGAUUGUAUGGGUAUUUGGAUUCAUUCAUCGUGUUCUUCGCAAGACCUUGGGUUCUCCCGCUCAUAGUCGUAUACUUCUGCUGCUAUGCCGCUUGGAUUUAUGUUCAAGAUCCAAAACAAAUAAACAAAAAGCUUGCUCGAUCAUUUUCACUGCCGAUUUGGAUAUAUGUCAUAUCGUAUGCUUCUCUCUACUUUGGUCCCCUUCGUGCCUGUGUCUUCGGUGUUUCAGCCGCCGUAUUAGGACUCUUAUCUGCUGGAGUAAUUGGAUCUCAACGUUCUUCUGAAGCCGAAGAGAAGCCGAAAGAAGAAACUUCUUCUGUAAAUCAAGACGAAUCUUCUUCACUUCUGCCGCCUAAUGUUGAAAAGAUUUUAGAAUCGGCUAAAGAGAAACUGGAUGCAACCGAAAAGUCUCUUCUAGAAAACUCUAUGCUCUCCACGUCUACAGUGGACGAAGCAAUCACUGGUGACUGGCUUAUCAGAUGUGUAUUUGGACUAUGUGCGCUUCUAUGGGUAGUUCGGCAUGAUGGAGCUCUGAUUCUUAUUGCUAUCCCAUUUGUUCUGGCUGUUUUGUCAAGAGUUGCGGAACAAUUAGGAAUCACUGCCGCCGUCAAUAACUUCCUCGACAAUUCAUGGCAAAAAAUAGCUCCUUCUGUGAUGAAGGUUGUUGAGAUUACUGUAGCUGGACCACUGCGUCAAUUCGUCAAAAUGCUAUUCUCUUCUGAUAAGUACAUUGUCGAAAGCUUGUACGACAAAAUGGAUGUCCUAUCAUCUGUGAUUGUCAUGGCACUCCUUGCCUUUUCUGCGAUACUCGCAGUUUUCUUUGUUGGAUUUCAGUUGCAUGGAGAGACGGUUCAUCUUGUCCGUCUCACCUCCAACGUUGUGAACUCACGCCCAGACUGGUUAGCUGCAGCCAUGGAUUAUACCGAAGAUCAAUUGGAAGAGAACAACAUUGAUAUUGAUGACUACGUUCAACAGGCUUACGAACAAGGUCGUACAUGGUUAGCUUCGAAUGUCCGAUCACUGGCUAAUGCGAAAGAUACAAAAAGGGCAGAUAUGCUGGAAGAACAAGUGAAGCAGGUUGUUGAUAAACUUUAUCAUUUGUGGGAGGAUAGAAACAAUAACAUGACUGUUGCAGUUAAUCAGACGUCAAGAGGAGAUGUUUGGCAACAACUGAAGGGAGUUACUGAUUUGGCUGCACUGAAAGAUGAACUGACAUUGAUCGUAAAAGAAAAUCUUGACACACUCAUGGGAGUUGCUCAAUCGGUUGGGUCGAUACUGGCUGUAAAUGUAUCCAUAUUCUCCUCACUAUUAGUCUCAUUUGCUGGAAUAAUUCUGAGCUUCGGAAUGGAACUACUGAAUACAUUCAUUGAGCUUAUUGUCUUUCUAACAAUGGUCUACUAUCUUCUGUCUGCUUCCCGAACCCGAUGGCUACCUCUACAGUGGGCUUCUGAUCUAUCGGCAGUCACAGCCAAUGAUGAAACCAUCAAUCGAACACGCCAUUUUGUAAGUUUCAGAAGCUAUCCGUUCACAUUUAUUUUUUUUUCCAGCGGUGUGUUUAUUCUAUCUGCCAAGAUGGCUGUUUUCUACGGGCUCUACACCUAUUUUGUUCACAGCCUUUUUGAUUUGAACAUCGUUUUCGUUCCGUCCAUGGCAGCUACGUUGUUCGCCGCUAUCCCAAUCAUGCCACCGUAUAUCGUUGCUAUUUUUGGAAUAGUCGAACUUUGGCUCGUACGAGGAGAAGGAGCUGCUGCUCUCGUGUUCACGUUGGCAUCUUUUGCUCCUGUCAUGUUCGCAGAUGCGACGUUUUAUAAGGAAGUGAAAGGAUCUCAUCCCUAUGUUACUGGUUUAGCCAUUAUCGGUGGAAUGUAUUGGCUUGGAUUACAGGUCUAUUACGCUCGAAAAUCUAAAAAGGCAACUUUGAAUUUUCAGGGUGCAAUCAUAGGACCAAUCAUACUAUGUCUUUGCCUUGUUCUCGUUAAUGUCUACCUCCAACAUGUGAAACCAUCAGCUCUCUACACCCCCGCACCUACACCACGUAAUAUCAAAUUAUCUAGCACUUGA